UCCUAAAAACUUUUCUUCCAUCCUUUCUUUACUUAUUCUAUUACCAUUAAACUUGGACUUAUAUUUCCUUUUAAUCCAGCUGCUAUAAAAACGUUUCCACUAAACUAAUCUCUACCUUAUCAUUUAGUUAUCUGGAUCUAUUGAGCUAUUUUAUAUUUCUAAUUGCCCUUUAACUCACGUUUGUUAUACUCCCGGUUUCUUUACUUGUUAUAUCCAUUCAAAAUCCUUCUCAUUCUAUAAAAACCUAAAAUUAUUUGAAUUUUAAAAUAGGUUAAAGAAGAAAAUUCACAUAAAACACCAAAAAAUUAAAUAAAAUUUAAAAAUACUUUGCAAAGAAAAAACUGUUUCAGAUAAUACUUCAAAUACUUCAGAUACUUCAGAUAGUUCAGAUAGUUCAGAUACUCCAAAAAGCUUGUAAAUUCAAAACACUAAAUUUAAAAACUUAAUCCCACUUUCUUGCUAUUCUGUUCUAUAAAAUGGAUACAAUUAAACCAUCAAAACUCAAUCAUAAUAACGAUCUUAAUUGGGAUGAUAUCAAACAUUCGUUGAUCAAUUUAUCACAAAAAUCAACCAAUAAUAUCAUAAAUAAAUAUAAAAAAAAACCCAUCACCACAAAAGAUCUCAAUAUAAAUAAUGACAAUAAUGACAAUAAUAAUGCUAUUAUAGACCCAAAUUGGAACAAUCUUUUCCCCAUAUUUGACAACGACUUUAAUCUUUUGAAUCAAUUGUUCCUAGAUUUUGAAAAAAAUUUAAAACAUUUAAAAAUCUAUUACGAAAACUUUUCAAAUUCAAUACUAAUCAACUUGAUCCAUUUUAAAAAUAUAAACUCAUUUUUUUUCGAUCUAAUCAAACCAAUUAAUUCUGCAACUUUAUCGAUUUACAAUACUGCAUUUGAUAAUAAUAAUCUUUCCCAAAUUAAUAAUAUCAAUAACGAAAUUCAAGAUCAGUCCUUAAAUUCAACUAAAAUUAAAAACAUUAAUUUAGAAAUUUCACAAAAUAUCGAGCCCAUUAUAAUCAAAUUAUUGAAUAAAUUUUCAAUCAAAUUUAAUUACAAUUUCAAUAUCCUAUUAUCUUUUAUUAAAUUUAUUAAGAAAAAAAUAAAAAAAAGAAAUUCCCUAUUAAGCCAUCUAUCUUCUGAUUUUAAAUCCUUUGAAAGAUACAAAAAUAAAUUAAUUAUUAAAAACGUUCCUAUCGAUCAAAACAUUCAAUCUAACAUCAUCAAUUUUAAAUUUAAACUACAAUCUUCUUUGCAAAAAUUCCAAAAUUUAAAUAACUUAAUCAAAAAUGAAUUGGAUGUUUUCUUGAAAUUAUUUCAAAUUUUUAUUUUUCUCUCAAUGUGCCAAUUUUAUACUCUACAAAUUAAAAUUUAUUCUCAAUUCAACAGCUCUUUGAACUUAAUUAACAGUAACCUAAUUAAACUAAACAAUAUUAAUAUUAGUAAUCAAAAUUUUUAUCAAUUAUUAGUUCAAAAUUUUAAAUUAAAUCAUUCACCAGCUGUUGAUUUAAUUCAAAACUUAAACAUAGUUAAUUUUAAGAAAAACUUUUUAAAUAAAUUGUCUUCUCCAAUGAUAUUAAGUCGCAACAGAAAAAUCAUCCAAGAAAAUGAUUAUAACAAUACUAAUAUUAAUAUUGAUAUCAAUAACUAUGAUAUAUUUUAUCAUGAUAAUACUAAUGAUAAUGAUGAAAAAAAUAAUGAAAAUCAUAAUAGUCAUAAAAUUAAAUACUGCAUUGCAAAAUUUGAUUAUGAACCAAAAGAAAACGGAGAUUUGAAUCUGUUUAAAAAUGAAAAAAUCAAGAUUAUUGAUGAUAGUGAUAAGUGUGGAUGGUGGAUUGGAGAGAAUGCUCAAGGUGUAAGAGGAUUAUUUCCUGCUAAUUAUGUUCAGGUUGAGUUUUGAUUAAAGUGAAACGAAAUGAAAUAGAAUGAAAUAAAAUAGAAUAAAAUAAAAAAACCUAAAAAUUUAAACUAAUGAAAACAUAGAUUAUUUUAAUGAGCCAUGAAGAGUGAGAUAUAUAGAUUUAA